UGCGCAUCCCCGACGGAGCAAAUGCAGCAGCCAGGUCCCGAUUGAGAGAUCCGAACCGAGCACGGAAAGCCCUCCAACCGCCCCCUUCCUUCCUGUACCUGAUAUUACACAUCAGUGCCAAAAGCUAAUACAAAAAUAAAAAAGUCCAGCGAUUCGAACACGUUUCCUCUGAUGACCACUUGGCAGUGAAGCUCCACUUGUUUCCAGUUGCUCUCAGACAUCCGUUUUCACUCAAAGAGUUUUUCUAACAUGAUCGCCCAACCAAAACCCCUUCAAAAAAAGUACAGCCUUCUCUUUCUUCUGGCCUCACUACCCCUUUAGUCUUUCUACAAUAGCAACACUCACCUGCGUUGGAACAGUCUGGUCGCAGUGCAAGAGCUUUUAUCUACUCUUCGUUGAUGGCUUCUCCCAAAUUGGGGCUGUCAGCCACCACCAAUACUUCUUCUUCCUCCUCCUCAUCAUCAGCCUCCCUAUGUCCUCCACCGCAACCUGGCAGCCCCAGUCGGGUGCCAGAGGGUCCCCCAAGUCCUGUUACUCCAACCCCAAGCCCAGGCGUGACAUCUGCCUCGGCUGCACCUGUAAGGACCCAACUGAGUAUCGCCUUGAUCCUCGAGGAGCUUCGGGUUCUCCAGCAACGGCAGAUCCACCAAAUGCAGAUCACAGAGGAGAUAUGUAGACAGGUGCUACGCCUUGGUGAAGCAUCCUGUGGCACGGAGACAACAUCCCAGCAUCUUCCCUCUCCCCUGUCUCAACUCUGUCUCGAAGGUAGAAAAAGGUCAUCUAGCCCCACAAGUCAGACAGCUGCAACUCAGCCGUCCACGUCAGUCACCCCUCUACCAGCAAGUUUGUCUUCUCUGCUUCCUUCCCAGACAGCCAACAAACCCACACAACCCACAAGCUCUUCUUUAUCCCAGAUCCUGCAACCUCACAAAUCGCAGGUUGAAAGAACAGGAGCCUCUACAGGCACUCAUGGUUGUCUGUGGGAGAAUUCUCAAUGCUCCCCUACCUUUACCUCUUCCUCUUCAGCAAUGUCUUCCUCAAUCUACCCCCUUGCACUGUCUUUAGCUCUCCCCAAUCGCUAUCUUCAUGAAAAAUCCUCUAAUACCAACACAGUAAGCGGGAAGAGUGAUCCGUCUUGUCUGAACCCAUCCAUUCGUACUCCAGUAAACAUGCCUAACUCUCAACAUGCUUUGCAGUCUGGUUCUGGCGGAGGAGACUCCAGUUCCGCUGGUCGUCUCCACCAUACCUGCCGCUUUUGUGGAAAAAUGUUCAGCAGUGAUUCUGCUCUGCAGAUACACCUCCGCUCACACACAGGUGAAAGACCAUACCAGUGUCCGGUGUGUCAGAGUCGUUUCACCACACGGGGCAACCUGAAGGUUCACUUUCUUCGCCAUCGUGAACAAAAUCCAGAGCUGUCACUUUCUCUCCUGCCUCCAUCUUUGUUCGGGGUAGCACUUGGAGCAACUGGUGGAUCAGACAUGCAACAGUUAAUGAGCAGUUGUAGCAGCACCAGUGGCAUUAACUUUACACAGAGGAAGAGAAAAAGUAGGGUGGAGGAUGAACCAUCUGGAGAUAAUUUGGAGGCAAGAGGUAUUAGCAGUGGACUUUCUCUGGGAAGUUCUGGAGGAACGACACCCUCUACUCUACCUCUCCCUCCUAGUGUGGAUCUGGCACUGAUUUCCCACUCUCUCCUGCAGCUCAACAGAGCUGCUGCUGUUGCUGCUGCAGCCUCUGUUGCCUCCUGUGCAUCUCAUUCAUCCACCUCGUCUUCCUCUUCUAUCUCUUCUACAGCUCCUUCCCUUCUUUCAGACCCUUCCUUAACUUCAUUUUCCACCCUCACUGGGUUCUUCAAAGGUGCCAAAGAGCAACACUUUGAUGAAAACACUCCCCCACUCGCACCAAUACUGUCCCCAGCAGUUUAUUCUCAGCUAGCCCACCUACCAAAGCUUCUGUUUCCAUCUACCGGUACUUCCUCUGCUACUCAGGCUGCACACUCAUCCCUGUACAACCAUCCAGCAUUGAGCUUGUUGCGCACACACCUACCCACCACUGCAGGUUCUCACCAAAAUACUUCUUCGCAACAUCCCAUUCCCAUUUCCUCCUUUCCCAAAGUCCCAGGUAUUCCCACCACUUCCACUUCAUCUUCACUUCCAUCCACUCUUGCUACCCCAACGUCUGAAACAUCUAAGCUGCAAAAAUUGGUGGAGAAAUUAGAGAAGACUUGUCCACAAACAUCUUCCCUAUGGGCUUCCUCCUCCACACCGACUUCCAUACUGGAGAUUUUGUCAAGCAGUACCUCUACCUCAUCGACAAGUACCGCCAACAGUUGUUUCACAAAUGCUAGCACCUCUAACACCUAUGUGAUGGCAUCCCCAUCUUCCAACCUGGUUACCACUUCCGUUUCACACUUCACCCGUGAGAUGGUUGCUGCUCUUGGAAUGGGUGCCAAUGGAGCAAGUUCGGUUAUGGGGGGCAUGCCAUCAUCCUUAGGCGUCAGAGAUCCAAGUAACCUGAAAACCAAUCAAUGUGGGGUAUGUUUGCGGGUGCUGAGCUGCCCAAGAGCACUACGGCUGCACCAAGCCACACACCUUGGAGAACGUCCUUUUCCGUGCAAAAUAUGUGGACGAUCUUUCUCCACCAAAGGCAGCCUAAGGUCACACCUGGCCACCCACCAUGCCCGACCACCCAAUGUUCGUGCUCAGAACUCUUGCCCACUGUGUCAGCGUAAGUUCACCAAUGCCCUUGUUCUUCAGCACCACAUACGCAUGCAUCUUGGUGGACAGUUGCCUCCAGAUGGUGCAGAGGAUGCUGAAUCUGAAGUAACUGUUGAAUUUAGUCAUAAAUCAAUGGUGCAGUCUAAGUCCCCAUCAGCUGACUCAAGUGUUGCUUUAAGCACAACCCCUCCACAAGCUAGUAAAUCUAAAAGUCCAACUCCAAGUUCACAACUUCAAAUUUUGGCAGCUGGAUCAGUUCAAGUCUCUAGCAGCAAUGAAGCCCCUGAGAAAGGUGUAAGUCAGUCUCCAUCCUCAAGUCCCCAUCAAAUCCCACCAACUAAUCUCAGCCCUGACCCAUUCAUGAAUCCCACAACUCAAACUCCUCCACCAGACACUGAAGAUCCCCCAAUCCUUUGUGCUAGUACAUCUUUGCCUGCUUCUCAGUCAACAAAUCAAGCAUCAUCAACUGGUGAAGACCACGAAAUUCAACAAAAGGCUUCAGUCAGUGUCCCAGUUUCUGAUACUUCACCACUACCCUCUGACAUCCCCAAAGGCACAGAAUCAUCUACUCUUGUGGACUUCACAGAACAUGAACCACCUUUAACUUUAAACGACUUCCUUUGCUCCAAACCAAACUUGGAGGACUUUCAAAGCACACCUUCUCUUGGUGAUCCUUUCAGUUAUACUUGUGCCAAUGCCCCCCCCAACCUCACAAUAGACCAAGACAAAACUGAUGCCAGUGCAUUGGACUCAAACUCAGUAUCAUCAAGACCCCAAUCUCCAGAACCUGCGAGAGAAGAAAUGAAUAAGUCUUCUCAGCCUGGAAUAUCCGAAAAAGGUCCAGCAAAUGUGAUAGAUGAAGACACUGACAUGACAACCUCCGACGAGAAGGUGGACCUCUCAGCAGCUGAGAUGAAGUCUGAAAUUCAGACAUCAGACACCUCUGUAAGAGAGACACGACAGAGCUUUACCUUUGGUUCAUUAGAGAAGGAAGAUCAAGGGGAAGGCAGUAAAAGAAGCAGAACUGUUUCCAGCAAAACUCUCGAGUCUUCUGUGCCAAUGAGCCUUGCUCCAACCCUUCCAUCUCCAAUUUCCCGCCCUGAGAAAAAGACCUACUGCUGCGCUGAAUGUGGGAAAGAGUACGCCAGUCGGAGUGGGCUAAAGGGCCACAUGAAGCAUCAUGGUUUGGUGACGAAAGCAACACGUCCGAAAGCCAGAAGCAGCCGAACCUCCUCCAACCAGCCACCCCCCUCGUCAUCAGCGACGACCUUAAACAUUCCAGCCACCAGGAGCUCUGCAGGCUUUUGGAACCAGUAUCAAGCUUUCCUCAACACCCCUUCUGAGCCAGCUGAUGACCCAAAAGCUGGUAGCCAGGAUGAAAAUGAAUCCACACGGCUGUCAAAACCAACUCUCCAAGAUCCAAGAGCCUCAGGGGAGGACGGAGAAGAGUCCCCUGGCGUAAUGACCUGAUGGGCUUAAACAUUUUACAAUGUUUUUAAUCAUGUUUUAGCACAGCUGGAUGGACAUUUGUAUCGUGCUGCUUCCCUAACAUGUUCCAGGUGGCCUGUCAGUUUAAUAAUCAGAGUAAUAUGUUUGUAUGUAAAAGUUGUGAGUCUAUCCGUUUGGUCUUGUUGUGUUCAAAAACAUACAAAGUGAAGUUUAUAAUGCAUCAAAUACAUACUCGAUAGAAUCACUUUAUUUCUGGAUUUAUGAGAGGAAAAAAUAUGACUUAAUUAAACGGGACGUCAUCCACUGUUAGUCUAGGUUCACCAAUAAACCUAGAUCAAAUAAUAAAAGUCAUUGUACACUAAUACAACUAGUUAAACUAAUUUUUUGUCAUCGUUUUGGAUGUAGUUGCUAUUAGUGUUGUUGUAGUUCUUGUUCAGAAUGGCACCAAAGGAGUUUUUUUCUUAAAAAACAAGAUGCAUAACUUUAGUAUUUACUAACUGUAAUCUAAUCCAAAUCAAGAAGGUUCUUUAUACAGACUUAAGGUUAAUAAGUGGGAAGUUUCCAAUUUUGCUCUAUAAUAUCACAGUGAGCAAUAUGAAUGUGUAACUGUUUGGGACUUCACGUCUUUUAUCCUCAUCUUGCAAUUCUGAAAACCACUUGUGUCAUGUUGGCCUGCUCUUCACGGUCUUGUACUGUCAAACAGAAGCACAACUGCAGUGUUUGUGAGUCCACUGAGGGCUUGGUCCAUGUGACUCUUGCCCCUCCGCUUCGUGAAGGUUAUUGUUGUUGUGUAGUUCAGUGGUAACAAAAUCACCUUAAAACUGACUAGAUUUACUAAACUUUUCAGUUGAUGGAUAUCUAUCAAUGUGUGUCUGUUAUAACCUGUAGUUCAGUAUCUACAUAUUAAAAAGCACUUUGGAGGAAAAGAACUA